AUGUCCUCAAAGUUAUUCUCCCGAUCGAAUUUCCCCGCAAGAGGGUCACGGUCGUUUUAUGAACAGCUACGUUCUGGAGAUGAUGACGAGUACGAUCCCGGCAUCGAUGAAGAGAACCUUGGCCAUCGAUUUGAUGACGAUUUUCAUCCCGAAGGGCUCGACAUUGGCGAUAGCCGUAUGACAAUAGAAAGCGCAGCUCUGGACCCAAAGGGCAAAGCAAGGGCUAAGACACUAAGGAAGCAGGCGCAAAGUUCCGGCGGACCGUCGCCGCGAUGGCACCAGCAGGACGACGACGGUGACAACGAGGUACCUGCAUCGUUACUCAUGGAGCCAAAUGAAGCAGUAAACUUGCCCCCAAUGUCGCCCAGACGAGCAGCCCCAUCCAACAAUCAUCAAAGUCCAGAAGUUGCAGGCCCAUCAUCAGCACGGACAAGGGCCCAGUGGGAAGCAGCCACAGCUCAGCAACAACUUCAUCAAGAAAAUAGUUAUGGAGUGCCCGCUGGACCACAGCCUAUUCCCGUAGCUAGGGGCUCAAUAGCGAGUAAUCCGAGGGAGAAAGCACUCUGGCGAUGGGUUAACACCUCAAAUCUAGACAGCUUUAUGCGGGAUGUUUACGACUAUUAUGAAGGUGGGGGACUGUGGUGCAUUCUGUGUGCUAACGCUCUCUGGCUCUUGGAGACACUUUUCGUCGCGGUGUUGCUCACCUUCCUAUGUCAAUGCAUUGACUAUUCAAAGAUUCCACACAGCAAGUCCUUACAUGAGGUUGUAGUUCCCCAAUGCACACGCAAAAUGUCCGGCCUCUGGAACCUGGCGAUUUGGCUUUACACCUUCUUCUUCAUCUGGAAGUGUGUACAAUACUUUGUGGAGAUUCGCCGCCUCCUCUACAUCAGGGACUUCUACAUUUACUUGCUGGAUAUCCCAGAACAAGACAUGCAAACUGUUUCGUGGCAGGAUAUUGUGGCUCGUAUUAUGGCUCUGCGUGAACAGAACCCGAAGACUGCAACAAACAUCACACCGAAACUGAGACAGUUCAUUGGCAGCCAGUCGAAAGAACGGCUUGAUGCACACGAUAUUGCUAAUCGACUCAUGCGUAAAGAGAAUUACCUCAUUGCGAUGAUCAACAAGGACGUCCUGAACUUGUCUUUGCCAGUUCCGUUUCUUCGCGGCCGCCAGCUAUUUUCAAAGACAAUGGAAUGGUAUCUUCAUUACUGCAUCCUUGAUAUGGCCUUUAACGAGUUGGGCCAAGUUCAGCAGGACUUUUUGCGCCCAGAUCGCAGACGCCUCUUGAGCCAGAAACUGAAGCAGCGGUUGAUGUUCGCGGGGUUCCUCAACCUUAUUUUUGCGCCUGUUGUGCUUGCAUAUGUUGUCAUUGUUUACUUCUUUACUUACUAUUAUGAGUACACAAAGGAUCCCAAGCAAGCUGCAGCGCGCAAGUACACUUCUCUUGCAGAAUGGAAAUUCCGCGAGUUCAACGAACUGCCACAUAUAUUCUACGAAAGGCUGCAUAUGUCUUAUCCAUUCGCCACUCGGUAUAUCGAUCAGUUCCCGAAGAGGAUGACUGAAGAUAUUGCGCGAACCAUCGCCUUCAUGACAGGCGCAAUUACGGCCAUCCUCGCCGUGGGCUCUAUUCUUGACUCGGAGCUUUUUAUUAACUUCGAGAUCACGAAAGACAGACCAGUCCUAUUCUAUCUCGGAAUUUUUGGUGCCAUUUGGGCUAUCACCCGAGGAAUGGUGUCUGAAGAGACAUUGGUGUUCAAUCCCGAAUAUGCCUUGAUGAAUGUCAUUGAGUACACACACUACAUGCCUGAUCACUGGAAAAACAAGCUUCACAGCUUCGAGGUUAAACAAGAAUUUGCAGAGCUUUACAAGAUGAAAGUGGUCAUCUUUCUCGAGGAGGUGAUGGGCAUAGUCACGACACCUAUGCUGCUUUUGUUUUCACUGCCUAAAUGCAGUGACCAGAUCGUUGAUUUCUUCCGCGAAUUCACAAUCCACGUUGACGGACUCGGCUAUGUCUGCUCCUUUGCGGUAUUCGACUUUCAGAAAGGACCAGGGAAUACAGGCCAUCAGGGGCAACGACCGGAUGUUCGUGAGGACUACUACUCAACGAAGCACAACAAGAUGGCCGCAUCUUACUUUGGGUUCCUUGAUAACUACGUCACAAACCCCAAGACUGGCAUCCCUGGGCAUACACCGUUUGGAGGAAAACCAGCCUUUCACCCACCUCCAGCUUUCCCAGGACUUGCUUCUCCAUCAUUAGGAGCAGACAUGCAGGGUUCUCAUAUUGGUCGGGCGGAAACGGGACGUGCCAGAAGUAGAGCCCCCGGUGGACGAGGUCCACGUACGGUACCAAUGCCACAGCCUUCUCCGAUGGCCUCUAUCCUGCUAGAUCAACAUCACCAACCUGCUGGGGUGAACAUGGGUGCACGUAGUCUUCAUUGGUCAAGGUAUCCGCGAGGAUUCCGCGGGGAAAGCCAGAUAACUGAAGAAGCUGAAGAUAGCGCGAUGAGACGAGCUGGGGAAGAUGACGAACCGUACGAGCCAGGGGGGGGACUAGGUGAAUCGACCUGGGAAACGUCUCCCGCGAAAGGGGUGACCCGGGAGAACAGUGCAGCCAAUACAGAGGAUCCUGGUGAAGGCGUAUUGGGUAUGAUAUACCAGCUUCAGCAAACGCAGCGAUCCCGGCGCGGUGGGGGCAUGGUCUGA